GCCGCCACCGAGGGCGCGCGCCACCCAAAUCAAGUUCCCUCCAAACGCUCCCUCGAGCCACUCCUCCUUCUUUCAUGCCGGACGAGCAAGAACGACACGCAAAUUUCUUGUCCGUCGCAUAUCGACCAGCAUCCGAGCCCCGAUCAUGGGUUCGGAUUAAACCACAAAAAAACACCUGACUUGUUUUUCUCCACUUGAACAAACCCUUUUCUGUGGCCUGGAAGCCACAGUGGUGCCCAGUACCCUGGUCUUCAAGUAGAUGUCUACUGGAAGAACCGGCGACAACGACGACAACAACCUCGUCUCCGAACAAGACCCACUCUUGUCCUCAACGGCGACCCAGCCUCUCUCGCCCACCGACGCAUUCAGUCUCUUCGACGAAGUUGCCCGAGUUGCAGCCCAACCCACACCACCACCUCCAGACGAGGAAGCCGACCAAGUGCCCAAACCUGACACAGUCCGACCUGUAAACAUGUCAGGCAAUAUCGGAAACGUCUCAAUGCCCUGCUUUGCUUACGAGACAGCCCCAUUCUGGCUGAAGCUGCUUGAUGAGAAACUGAAAGAUGAGCAAGUUGAUGACGAGGUGGUCAUGUUCAAGUUUCUCCGUGAGUACAUUCCGAUCACCGGCUCACCCGAGACAGUCCUCUCACUGCUCACCCCGAUUCCACCCGUUAAGCCUUACACCACUCUGCGCGACGCCAUCCUCACACACGUGCAACCCUCCGCCCAGAAACGAGUAAUCCAACUCCUGAUUGAAGAGGGUCUUGACGGUUCCACACCCUCUGAGUUUCUUGCCAGGAUGCGCAAGAUUGCUGACUCUGACCCAGAACACACGAUGUUGACCGAGCUCGUCUUCUCCUGCUGGGCUGCCAAACUUCCUGCCUUUGUUCGCUUGGCCAUCAGCGGUGAGAAGGACCUUGCCAUCGCCGCAUCCAAGGCGGACAUGAUGAUGGCCAGGGACCGCAGCAGCAACCUGUCACAGCUGCUCUCCUCCACAUCCUCCCCAAUCGCUACUACAGCACAAAUCUCGGCCAUCAGCAAAGCUACUGACAAAAGCAACAACUCCGGCGGCGGCACCAACUCCCGUGUCGACCGGCUGGAGACAAAGAUGGACGACCUGACCAAGCAGGUUUUGCUACUCACUCAGUCCGUCAACAACCUGCUGAUCAACAACAGCAACAACUACAAAGGGCGCUCAAGAGCGCGCUCCAAAAGUCGCCCCCGAGACAGAUCGUCCUCCCGCAGCACUGAGCUCUUCGACGACGGCAACGCCCUGGGAAAGAUUUGCUACUACCACAAGACCUACAACUUGGACGCUAGACACUGCACUUCUGGCUGCCGCUACUACGCUUCCCACCAAGCUCAGCAAGCCGCCGUGGCCAGCAACCCCCCGCCAGCGUCAAACUAG